AUGGCCGACGAGGGCGCAGGCUGGCCCGUGUGGCGCCUGCCCUGGAUGUCCCGGCGUUGCAUCGGUGCCAUCGGUGCCAUCGGUAUCAGUCUCCUUGGGGUGGCUAUGGUUACCACCUGCUUCUGCCUCGGCUUCCGGAAGUCUCAGGACUCACAGGAGCAGGACGUAGCUGAACUCCAGUUGAAUCACACAGGCCAGCAAUGGGACCCCAAUCUACGCUGGCAGGCGGGCCCAGCACUGGGCCGCUCCUUCCUGCACGGGCCCAUGCUAAAGCACGGGCAGCUGCAUAUCCAGCACGAUGGCAUCUACAGGCUGCACAUCCAGGUGACGCUGGCCAACUGCUCAUUCCCCCGGAGGACCACACCCCGCAAGCCCUCGCUGUCUGUGGGCAUCUGUGCCCCCGCCACCCACAGCGUCAGCCUGAUUCGACGCAGCUUUCACCAUGGCUGCACCGUGACCUCCCAGCGCCUGACACGCCUGGCCCGGGGAGACACGCUCUGCACCAACCUCACGGUGCCGCUGCAGGUGUCCAGCAAUGCUGACGAGACCUUCUUCGGGAUUCAGUGGGUGCACCCCUGA